GCUCCCUGCGCGUGUACUCCUCGCUUGCGCGUGCGAGCCCCAGGACCCUUCCUGAAGUUAAUGAUUCGGUCAUUGCGAUGGGUGGCGGUGACGGAGAGUGGUGGAAACCAAGUGGUGUGGGCCCGGUGUGUAGAGUAGGAGAAGAGUGCGCCAGGAGGGCGAGAGAGCAGAAGGAGAAGAGGAUCGGCCUGCACAAGAAAGUAAGCCUGAUCCCAGUUCGAACGCUUCGGCUCGAUCUUACGGGUUUAGUCUUGUUGCGGAUUGUUGGCGUGGCUGUGUGGUCGGCGGAAACCCAGAGAUAGAUAACGUCCCACGCGACGCAGCCGUUAUCAAUUGGCGAGCGAGCCUGAUAGUCUGGCGCCAUGUACCACCGAUCGUGUCUCCUUUAGUUAAGGACGACAACGACAGCGUCGUUCGCGGUGAAACGAGAAGCGCCCUGAUCCGAAGAGAGGUCCUUGGCGCUUUCCACCCCCGUGGGCAGAAAUCCGCGUGAUAAGAUUCACGGUCGAGCAAGUCGCUUCCGGAAAGUCAUUUUGCGAUCCGAUGCCGCACGCCGGCAAUUCAACGUCAGCUGUAGCCGCGAAGAGAAGGCGGAGGCAGCAACCGGUCACCCUCGAAAAAUGGUGGCUGUGGUGGUUACUACUACCAGGAUGUUUAGCAUCGUGGACGCGUUAUGUCGAGGAGUACGACUUUAUUAGAGUGGCCAGGUGUGAUGCUCGAUGCGGGGAGAAUUAUCCCGACGAGUGCAUGGAAAAUUGCCUAGUGUCAAAUUACACAAAACCUGGUUAUUGCCCCGAGAGAACGUCCAUGACGCCCUUCGAAGCUGCCUGUUUAAUCGCCUGCGUCGAUGACUCCCGUUGUCCGGAUUUAGCCAAGUGUUGCUCCCACGAUUGCGGUAUCACGUGCAUGCAUCCUGUCGGUCUGGACAAUCGAAACGAUCUACCAGCUGUGCCGGAGAAUCUACAGAUACAACAACAGAAGAGAAACCAGGUGCUUCUGACGUGGCGCAACGGCAGGCCGGGAGUCAGCAAUGUAUCUGUCAACGAGAACGACAAUGACGCGGUUCGGUAUCUAGUGGAGGAGCGUCAUCUUGUUGGUCCUAGAUACUUGGAGUCCAGAUUAAGUUCCUGGACCGUUUGUCACGUAUCGACAAAGCCGCACGCGACUCUUCGGGGCAGGUUAAAGACGGGACACUGGUAUCAAUUCCGUGUGGCGGCUGUCAAUGGAAAUGGAUCGCGCGGGUAUUCGCAACCUUCCAGACCCUUUAAAACAAAAGAGCCGCGAAAUCCGAAGGAACCGCAAAACUUGACCUUGUCUAAUGCGCGACUCGUCAGCGGAAAGCUGCGUAUUAACCUACGAUGGGUUAAGCCGGCAUCGGAUGUGCCGAUAUCGUUCUACAAAGUGUUUUGGAGCAGACUCAUUCAUGGACCAACAAACGAUUCCAUUCUCGUCUACCACAAGACGAUUCUCAAAGACAAGACAUGUUAUGAACUAAAGAAUCUGGAGCUCAAGUGUCAGUACUUUCUGCAAGUGCAAGCGGUGGCGGUUUACGGCGGUCGGCGUCUGACGUCGCGCAAGGCAUCCAAGGUCUUCAACAGCACAGACUACAUGGCAUACGCCGACGUCGGGAGACGUUCUCGCAGGUGCGAGCGAACCCAGGCCGGCCUCCACGUGCGUCGCAUGAACUGUCAGUGUGGAGAAGUCAAGGCGCGUUUAGUUUGGCCGACGAGCGGCGAUAUCAGUGCAUAUAAUGUCACGUGGCAAGAGGAAUCGUGCUCACGCGAGAAAGGCUCGGAACGAUGGAAAUCUGCUACUUGGAAAACGGUUCAGACAUCAUAUUAUGAUCUGCGGCAACUUCGAUACGACUGCAUGUACAGUGCAACUGUACGAAACAUAUUGAAAAACGGCGAGACCGACGAUCAUGGGACCAGUAUAGAAUUUUAUGCGACCGGAUGUCAGGGCGAUCAGAAGCGAAAAUAUUCGCGGCGGAAGACAGGACGAUGUAAGAAAUCGUCCAGAUCAAGAAGGCAAUUCUCCGGUUUAUUUGUGAUAUAAAUUUGCUGGCUGCGUAUGUAGAACAGAUAAACUAUAAUUGUAAUAUUCAUAAUAUAUGAAUAUUUUAAUAAUAAUCUUUAUGGAGAUUAUGAAUAUUGUUUUAGCAUUAUUGUUUUAUCAUCUUAUAUCUUAUUCAUGUGUUUUAGUUUUUUAUAGAUCAAGAUAUUUAUUCUUUUACCAUUUAAUUAUAUAACAUGAUAUAUGAUAUAUUUCAAAUCGAUUUAUAUUUUUAUGUAACAUAAAAUUUUUAUAAAAAUCAAAUUGUGUGUGUUUUACUUAAAACUCAUCAUCGCCUAUGCUUAUAACAAUUAGAUUCUAAUAUCAAGAUUAAUCAAGAUAGAAUUUCCAUAUAUUUUAUUGCUUUAUCAUCAUUAG